GGGGAGCCCGGGGGAAGCGAGCAGGAACUUUUUGCAGAAAUCGCAGCGACGUUGCAGUGUGGAGAGACGGAGGCGGCAGGAGAGGCGCAAAGCACAGACCUGCUGGAGGAAAGUCUUGAAUGUGCACACUAGGAGGCAACCAGAUUUGUGUGUGAUCUGUAAAUCCCUCCCGUGAAAGAAAUAUACAAGAAUUGGAUCAGGUUUUCCUGGGAGUUUGCUCUCGUUCUGCCAGACAUGGUAGGUCACCUGCAUUUGCAAGGAAUGGAAGACAGCUUGAAGGAGAAGAGCAGGGAAGGGUUGCUGGACAGUCCAGAUUCUGGUCUUCCACCGAGCCCCAGUCCUCCUUUCUACUCAAUCUCACCUGGAAUUGCUGAAGGUAGAGCUGAGUGCAGCAGCACACCAACAAAUUACCCAGGCUAUGGCUACAGGAAGGACAUCAAGGAGGGCAAAGUGAUCCCAUACCUUCUCCUGAACAAUUCCCCUCAAGAGACAAGACCAAGAAUGCACCCUGUUGUAUUUGGAGAAAGCAUUGAAGUCAAUCCAGAGCCUGUACAAGAGAUCAGGUGCAACUCAGAGAUCAAAUAUGAUUCAGAGAAGCAUUACCGUGACCAUGUCUUCUAUGUACCAACUCCGACAGUCACCUCUUACAGCGAAACCAUUAUUUCCACCCCAAACUGCACAUGGAGGAAUUACAAAUCCCAGCUGGUUUUUGAACCACGCAACAAGCCUUUAAGGUUCCAAAGCACAACCAUCAUCUUUCCAAAACACACCAAGAACAUUUACAGAACAACACUCAACUACAACUGUGGAGGAAGCAAGAAAUGGUUUUCAUCCAGUGUGCAACUUGAACUCUGCGAGGAGACCAGCCCUUGUUUCAUAUACACAGAGAGUCUCUAAACCUUCUUUAACUGUCAUGAAUAUUCUUUCCUAUAACAAUGCACUUGGCUUCAUAACAAGAGAACAUUGUGGGAACCCUCUGGUACUAACUGUAUUAAAGCCAUCAUUUCUAACACAGGGCGUAUGGGAGUAAGGCUGCACAAAAGACUCAUGCAACGUUCAAUGUCUCCUUUAAGACUGCUUUCUUAGAUUUCUAUCUUAUGUAAUGUAAGAAAGGAUUUUGCAAGUUUCAUGGUGAUGGUGUCUUGGAUGUAAAUUUCCCAUGUUAAAAACAACAUUUUUCUUGCAAAAAAGGAGUUGACAGUUUCAUGUGAAAGACUGGCAUAGACUUGCCAAGUGCCUAAGCCAAGGGAGAGGCAGAACAGGCUUAGAGUCUGAGAAAUACCAGUGUUUUGCAUUUUUAAAAAGCAUUGGAAUGUACAGAAGAGUGGCAGGCUGGGUGGUCAAGCUCUUAUAGAGACAUAGAGAUCAGUGCAAUUUGUGGCUCAGUGCUCUUGCUACCAAGAAUGAGUCAGGUACAGUCGGAAAUUCAGUAUGUAAAACAAGGAAACACAAGACCUAAAUCAUUUGAAUUGAAUUUUCCGCUCUGCCUCAGCUGCCAGCGUUGGAAUUUUCUUUAAACAAAAAACAUUUUAUUGCUUAUUUAAAACGCUUUAGUUCUAAAUAUCAAUCCUAAACAGUGGGUGGGUGCUUUGGCUGCUCUGCCAAAUGGCCACUUCACAACAAAUAAGUACAACAGUUAUGGCUAUUAAUUAUUAAUAAGAUGAAUUUCAUUUCACUAAUUUCUGAUUACAAUGUCCUCUUAAAACAAGGAAAGUCACUUGAUAAGGACAGGCUACCACAAAUGCCAUUUUCAGUGUAUACAGAAUCACUGUCCUCAGUCACAUGCCUCAUAGAAUUGCAGUUAUGGAUCUGGGCUUAUGUUGGUUCCCAGUGGCACUGUCCCUGCCCUAAUCACCUAUGGCAUGAAGCAUGGGCAAUACUCCACGCCAAAAAAGUGGGGGAUUUUCUCUAAUAUGUGCGAGUAAAAUUGGCAGCCUGAAUGUGUUUCAUUAUUCGCCUUAUUUAGCCUGUUCUUCUUAAGCGAUGAUACCAUGGGGUCAGUGGGCUAGGCAUGCACAUUACUAAACACUUGAGAUAACAAGAUAGUGGGCACAAACUGGGAGGCCUUGAGAAUGAUGCAGGCACCAUAGAGAGGAGCAGAAACCUUUUGUAAGUGCUGUGUUUUAAGAGCAAUGCUCUUUCAAUUUAAAGCUAGGCUAUAUCUAUAAUAAGUGACUUUUAUUUACUGUAUGUCAUCAAAAUGUCCAUCUUAAUGAAACAUAAUUUUCAGCAAUUUGAUUAGAUUAAAAAAAAAAGCAAAUGAAACUGCCAUGAUACAAUAUACAAUAACAUAGGGACAAUAUACAGACAUAAUGUCAAACCUGAGGCCCAAAAGCUCACUGAAGGCUCUUGAGGGAACCCACAUCUGUACAUCAACAAGCUGAAAACAAACAUGGACUGGGCAACUCCAUGCAAAAAAGUCCCCAAGAAACUGGGUUAUAAUCAGAAUAAGAUCAUCUGCUAACAAAUGUAUUACAUUGUAAUCAAGCAGGUUUGUUUUUUUUUUAGUUUGAAUGUCAUACCAAAAUUGGUUCUUGUCGGGUUUCAGAAGUCAUGUCUCUCAAAAGAUGGUAAUUGUUUUGCAUAAAUGCAAUUUUUAGGGAGUGACGGAAAGAAUAUGUCUGCAAUGGGGGUUUGGUUCACUUACUAAUUUAGGGGUUGCUUCCUUAUGGCAUUGCAUUUCUUAAUAGUUAAGAGAGAGAUGGUACAGAUUGCUCUGCAAGCCAUGCAGCAUGGGUUUUGACUAAUAAUGAGUCAACCAGAAUGAGUAUCUAAUAGGUGUUACACGUAACAUGUAUAUAAAGACAUACUAUGGCAGGUGACGUUACUGGUUGAGGCUGGGUGGGGGCAGGUAUGUGGAAAAACUGAGACCAAGUGCUUAAGCGUUUAAUGGCUCAGUAGUUCCUUUAAACAUGUCAUUUGUAUGGGGUUUUUAAGAUGCCUUAGGGAAAAGGUUGAUGUUUAAUGUGGAAACUAGCACUUUUUAGUAUUUUUGUACAAUGUCAGUAAAUAAUGAAAUGCAGAGAUAUAAUAUAGAAGUGUAAAUUUGCCAGAUUGUGCACAGUUGUGUUGCUAUUCAUUUUCAGUGUAUCCCGCAUGUGGCUUUGAUAAUGUAUGUCUGUAUGAAGACCUCUAGAUGAUGGUAAAAUGUAAUUUAAUCCCUGCCAUUUUAACGAAAAUAAUUAUUUUUAGACAAAUGCAAGAUGUGAAACAUUUUUUUUAUUAAAGGGGACAUGUAGCACUCCUGCUCUGGCAGUAAAUCAGUAGCUUCCUUGUUUGUCAUGUGACAGACAUUGUGUGGUCCUGCUUUUCCUAGGUUUUGGCAAAAACCUGAUUGUAAGGUGUCCUUUUUAUUAGCUGAGAAGGAAAGCAAAGGAGUGGAGGUGGCUCAGAGCUUCACAAGAGCUCUCUAGAAAAUAAAGCUCCCCUUUAAAAUAAGACUGCUGCUGCCAGAAAAGUAUAAUAUUUGGUGAGAUUAAUGUUCUAGAUAAUCACUGGCACCUACCAGAACAAAAGGUAUUCCUCUCUAUCAGAACUUCAUUGGUAUUGCUAUGUUUGUAUCUUUGUUGGUGGGGCUCAUGGAUAAGAUGUGUAAGGGCAUAAUCAAUAUGUAAAAGGAGGAAAUAAGAAUACUGUGGUCCUUUGUGCCCAUAACACCAGUUUAGUUUGAUCUGAAAAUACACACAUAGUAGGUCCAUGAAAAUGUGAUUAAGAUCGGUCACUUUAAUGCCAUGUCAUGGAUUUAGACAGAAUGAUGUAGAAAACCAUAUAGCCUACAUGGAUGUAAAUGAAAGGGACUGCCAUUAUUAAGUCAAGGCAUCAGAUUGCAAUAUUCAUAUCCAGUGGGUAUGACCAGACUCAUUUGAGACAUAUUCAAGUGCAGCAGAUGCAUAGCUGUUAGAAAUGUAUUGCUUAUAUAAUCCUGAAUUACAUUUUAUUUGUUCCUUUAGUAAAAACUCUUUAUCAAAGCCUUGCCGAAGCCAAAGCAGGAGGUGUUUGGUGGUGUUGCAAGUUGUAGUUUAGCAAUAACUGUAAAGCAGGACCUCUAUCUCUCUGGAACUCAUGUGAUCAACUGAGGCCCUGCAUAACUAGGAACAUGUGGAUUAUUGAGGAGUUACAACUAUUUCUUCUAUUGAAGAGGGUGUAGAUUUCGAGAUUUAAAGACCCACCAACACUACUAGGUUUAAAUACCCAUAGGCCUUAAUGUACCUACAACAAAUGCCUGCUUUCUGUAUGACUCUACAGCAUGCAUUUUCCAUAGGAUCCUGUAUUAGAGAAGUGGUAUGACCGUUCUGAACAUCCCUUGAUGGCCGUUUAAGCAUCUGUGGGGUCCACUUGCUCUUAUUAGAAAGCAAUUCCAUAUGGAAAUGAUAAUUGUAAAAUUACCAAUCCAAAACCUCUUGCUUGCUAUUAGUGGUUGGUGUUUUCUAUUUGUACAGGAUAUAUUGACAUCUCAUUGAUGGUAAUGCAUGCUUCUUAAUACAGUCAGUGCCUCCUUGUGAUCCUGCACUGCCUUAGUCCAGUUAUGCAUAUGCAACUAAUCUCUGCAGCAUAGCUCUGAUGUCAAAGGAUAUGUUUGUAUCAUAAUUCAAAAAAAGUUUCUGUAAUAUGGUAUGGUUACGAAAGUGGAACUGCUAUCUGUCUUUGGCUGAAAAUAAAGCUGGUGCCAUGGAA